AUGUCCGAGACCAAGAAUAAGAGCGAAAAGCCCGACAACACAGCCGCUUCGACGCCUAUUGAGCGGAUCCCCGAUUUCAGGCUCGCUGACUACAUCUACCGGCUCAAGAACCCCAAGCUGGUGUCGCUUCAUAAAGAGUCGCAAGAUCUGUUAUUAGAAGGAAUCAAGGACCAGAAACUGGCUCCACUGUACUUCCAUCUUCAUGCUGAGGGUCUGCCUUCGAUCCCCUGGGACGAACAGUUAUAUCAACAGCUCAAGGCCGAUAACGAGAAGGAGAUCGAGUCCAUUAAAGACAAAAUCAAAGAAGCCGAGGCUGAGGAAGAGGAAUUGUCCAUUAUCGAGGGUUGGGUCAAGUUAGGUAACUACUAUGCCAAGAUUGGUGAUAGAGAAGAGGCUAUAAAGACGUUGCGCCGGGCGUAUGAUUUGACUGCGUCGUCAGGUGUCAAGAUCGAUAUCUGUUUCACCAUCAUUCGAAUUGGAUUCUUUUUCGAUGAUAAGCCUUUUAUUGGCGCCGAAUUAGACGCUGUUAAGUUGCUUAUUGAUCGUGGAGGUGACUGGGAACGUCGUAAUCGUUAUAAGACAUAUAACGGACUUUACCUGCUAUCGUCUCGCCAGUUUGAUGAGGCUACUGAUCUUCUUAUCGACUCGCUGUCUACUUUUACAUCGACAGAGAUUUCAACAUACGAGGAAAUCGUUGAAUAUGCUGUUCUGUGUGGAGUUAUUUCGUUAGGACGUGUUGAUUUGAAACGGAAGGUGAUUGAUUCUCCUGAAGUACUGUCGCUACUGCCCACUACUCCUGCAUUGGAACCUAUUACCAUGCUGACCAAUUCGCUUUAUACGGGAGAAUAUUCGACCUAUUUCCAAGCCCUGGCCCGUGUUGAAGAAGAGUUUCUACGUGUAUCGAGAUAUUUGUCGCCCCACUCGGCGUAUUAUUUGCGUGAGAUGAGACGAAAGGCAUAUGCUCAGCUGCUCGAGUCGUAUAAAACAUUAAGCAUGAAGUCCAUGGCAGAUGCAUUUGGCGUGUCAGUGGAGUUCCUGGACCAAGACCUGUCGAAAUUCGUGCCCCAGAAGAAACUCAACUGCGUGCUGGACCGCGUCAACGGCGUCAUCGUCACCAACCGUCCCGACAACAAAAACGCCCAAUACCAACAGGUCGUCAAACAGGGCGACGUGCUCCUCACUAAACUGCAAAAGUAUGGAGCUGCUGUACGUCUCAGCGGUGCCGAAAGAGUAGCUUAA